AUGACCACCGCAGAGUACGAGCUACUACUGACGACGCGAUACGACCCGCUGCUGGAGCGGCUGGGAUGGAACUACGACGAGCUGCGACCGUCGCCAUUUCUGCUGCUGCGAUAUCACUACGAUCGUAUUGUCGAUGCCGUAGAGCAGCACGGAUGGACAGAGACAGUGGGUCUGUCAUAUAGUGCAGUGAAGAUGGCAGCGCAGGAGGCGGUGAGCAACGCAGCGGACAAGUCGGCACGGGCAUACAAGGUGCGCUUAACGCUCUCGCGGUCGGGCACGCUCACGGCCUCGGCGAUGCCCACCCCGCCGCUCGCGUACGACCCGACAUCACCUGCGUUCUUCAAACCCAACUCGGACAGCGGCACACUCUACGGCCAGGUGCUCGCAGUCACCCUCGACAGCGAGCCGACCCCCGCCUCGCUCUUCACCUCCACAAAGACAACCCGCCGCCAGGUCUACGACGACGCAAGAUCGCGCGCCGCCCUCCCGCCCAUCGGUGCCUCAUCCACUGUCUCCUCGUCCCUCGCAGAGGUCAUCCUCCACAACGAGCACGGCGCCAUUACAGAGGCCUCCGUGUCCAACGUCGCUUUCUACCGCUCCCCCCACUGGAUAACGCCCCGUCUUAGCACUGGCUGUCUCCCCGGCGUCCUCAGGCGGUGGAUGCUCGAGCAGGGUCGUAUAAGAGAGGCCCCGGACGACCUUGCGUUCACUCUUGACAACGUAAGGCCUGGCGACUGGGUCCUCAUACUCAACAGCGUCUCAGGCUGUCGCGUUGGUAGGAUACAGGAAGGUUGA